AUGGUUGGCAACCCUGGGGUUGUAAUACCCUAAAACUCUCACAAUAAAGGCAAAGUAUUCUUACCAUCUGGGCAAGAAUAAGGAAGAGAAGCAAGAAGGAGAAGAAACGGAAAGAAACAAAAACAAGUUGAUGGAAUUGCUUCAGAGCACAACAGUGCAGGACAACACAUGCACUUCUGACAAAAGGACCCAGGAAUACGAACCGCUUUCUUGCUCUGAAUAUACGGAGUGAGCCCUUUCACAUUGUUCACAAUCUUAUGACCCGAUAUGACACUGAUUUAAUACACAACAUGCUGACCCCACAGCUCUGGAAUGUUUACUUUCAAGUGCUUUUGUUCUUAACAGGAGACAACUGUUCAUUUUCAAUACAAUAAAGAGCUGCAAAUCUCCACGCAGAAAGGCUUUUCUGUGUUCCCUGAACAGGAUGCUGUGAACUAUUGAGGCAGCCUACUGCCUUGGACUUUGUCCAGAGGCAUUUCUGGAUUUAUGAUCCAUUCACGGCCCAGCGCCUGGAUAAGGGCGGACCCCCACGUCCCCUCGAAUCUGCCCACGCUCAAAGGGUCGAAACACGCUGGUCCGUCCCGGGCCGGAGGCAGCCGCUAGCUUUCCUACCGAAGACGCCCAUUGUGCCUUCAUCAGUUCAACGGCCGUGACUUCUCUGGGACUGCGUGAGAACCGUUGAGAUGUGCGCACAUACGCGCUAACGCCGUCCAAAGCCACCGCUCACCCGAAAUACAGAGAGGAGCUCAAAGUGCACCUUAAUGUGAGCGACUCCAUCCCCGCUAUCAAAGGGACUUCAGCGCUGCUGCACCAGGUGUUGGUUUGUGUCGCACCACGUAUGUCAUCUGGAGGAAAGACCAUGUUUGUCAGUGGAAUACUGCUCCUGGGGCUGGGCUGUGUGCUGACGGCAUCGACACCAGCAUCAAGUGAAAAUGGGCUGGACACCAACUUUUACAACAAGACGCUGCGGCUCAUUCCUCCCCACCUUCCCUCAAACAUCACAGCGCUAACUCUGAGCCGCAACCUCAUUGAGAUGUCAGAGGAGGACAUCGGGACGCUAAAAAAUUACACCAAACUGACGGAGCUCCAUCUUGACAACAACAAGAUAAGCGCUUUGCCCGACCACAUCUUCGACAGCCUCUCAGACCUGAGGAUCUUCAACUUGUCUGGUAACAGCAUCAGCAGAGUGGAGCCCCAUGCCUUCAAGGUCCUGGGAAUGCUGAAGGCGCUGGACCUUUCCCACAACCCCCUACAGUCCCUCCCGCCGGGGGUGUUUGCCAGCCUGACCAGCUUAGAGAGUCUCUCCGUAAAAGACUGCACCCUGCGGUCACUGGAGAAGGACACUUUCAGUAACCUGGUUAAGCUAAGGCGUCUCGACCUGGGGGGAAACGCCUGGAACUGCUCUUGUGACUUCCUGGAGAUAAUAAGAAACUCGGGAGCGGAGAUCAGCCCGGGGGCUGCCUGUGCCAGCCCAAAGGACAGAGAAGGUAAAGGCCUCCUGGACAGAAGCUUCUGCGUUCCCAAGCUGACCACAACAAAACCGCCCGUGACCAUUAAAGCGAGCUCAACCCAGACAAUGAAGACGCUCACUCCUGGACGAAACAGCAGCCCCAGCUCCAUGAAUAGAGCUGCCCCUGCCCCGACUGGAGGUGCCCCUCCGGGAGGGAGCACCUGGAAGUUCCUAGCGGGCGUGCUGGCGACGGCCCUCGGCACAUCCACGCUCCUCGUCUGUGCCGUCAAGGCGCCCUCCUGGUACAAGCUGCUCUUCAACUACCGCCACCAGCGUCUCCGCGAGGAGGCGGAGCCCAACGUCUUCACCACCGGGCGCUACUCCACCUUCAGCCUGGACACGGAGCAGACGGAGAUCAGCGCCCAGGAGCUGCAGGUGCAGCUGGAGGUGGAGAUGGACGACGAGGACGGCUACAUCGAGGACCGCUACAUCGAAACAGCGGACUACAAACCGGUGGACGACGCCUGAAAGGUAGCGCCCAGGUCACCGGCCGCAGACUGCAGGUGAAGUGGGCUUGAGCCUGGCUAACGGAUACAACCACAGAGGACUACAGCUAAAUCCAGGGGACUCUCAUUGACCUACACUUUUGAUUGAACUCAAAACACUUUUUAUUUUGAAAUGCAUCAAAAAUAUAUCUAAUGAGACUGAAAAACAAGAAAACAACAGUGACCAGCAGCACUGUUCUCAAUGCUUCACACAAAGGGUAUAUUUUUCUUCCAGCAUGACAAACCACACCACUAACCAAUAAGUUAAGUUUAGCACAACACCAAGGACCUCCACUUGCAUCCUGACUGCUCAGGGUUUAAGCACAGAAAUGUGUUUAUUUAAAAAUGAUUCCCAGUAAACAGACCAGGAAUGAUGACUUUCAAAAUCAAAGCUUGCUUCAGACACACAAUCUAUUAUGUAUAUCUGGUAAUUCCUUAAAUCUUCCUAUGUUUUGACAACAGAGCAAUAAACCUGCAGACUGUGUUUUCAGAAAGGGGCUUAUGGGAUUGAAGAGAUAAUACAGAGAUGAGACUUCCCUUUGCUAGUAAAGUAUCAUAUCAGCCUUUCAUUCAAUCUUGGCAAGCUACACAUCUCAGUUUCCCAUUUUAAGUAAACAACCUCACCUUGAUCAGGUAACGUCCUUUUCUGACUGAUGUCUGAUUUUUUUUAUAGGUCAUUAGACCAAUAUAAAAGCCUUUAGAAUUCAGAAAGUGCAAGCCACUGAUUGAUUUUGAUGGCAAAGCAGAGCUUGAGAUUCUGGAGUUCAAACUUCUACAGUCUACGCAGAGCAAACAACUCUCACUUAGCUACAGGUCAAAAUGAGGACAACUAGUAUGAAGCCAAGAAUAACUGCAUUAGAAUGACAACAUCACUUUCCCGUAUUUAGUUUCCAAAAUGUAAUGUUUACACAAACUUAGAAAAGCUUAUAGGGCUACCUUAAUGCAAGGUUAGCCGGCACAGUUUAACAUUAACCAACAGACAUCGUACAUUUGAAUAAUGCAGAUACUUACCAUUAGCAACUAAAAUCUACAUUAAACAUUAACAGGCUUGCCAAACACAUUUUAAAUAAUAUUAUCCAGGUAAUUUAUCUAGCUUACAGUACAGUGCAACCUUCUUGCACCAAUACAGUAUCGGAUGUAGGGACAGUGAAUGAUGAAACGAUGUAAAGUCAUGGGACAAAACUGCCUGUAUUCAAAUAUUGCUAAAAUACUCCUUAUGUAAUACAAAUAUCACUCAGUUAAACCACAAAAUAUUUCACGAACUGAAUAUUGCUAUUAAUAUCAUUAUUAGUGGCAGGUAAUUGUUUAUUUUUCCUUUUCUUGUCAGCAAAACAAAUGACAAUAAAAGCCAUUUUCAUUUUCA